AUGGAGUGUGUUUCAUUUGAUAAUAGAAAUUCAUAUAAUGCUGUAUGCAAUAAUGAAUUAAUAAAUGGUAAUGUAGAAUCGUAUAAUUCGUAUCCAAACAGUAAUAAUAAUAAACAAAUUGAAAUUAACACUUAUAAAAAGAAAUUUGAAAAUGUCAAUAAUUGUGAACGAAAUGGAAAAGAGGAAAUAAGAAUAAAUAACAGAAAAGAUGAAGGAAAAAAAAUGAAUUAUAAUAAUCCAUGUUCUGAAAAUAAAGUUGUUGGUAAUUUUAAAACCACACAGGAUUAUUCAGCUAAUAAUCAAAAAAACAAAAAAAAUAUACGUGCAAAAAAUUUUUCCAAAGGUAAAGGUGAGUUCAACAACUUUUUUUAUGAAGAUAAAGAUAUUAAUAAUAAGUAUAUGGGAAAAGAAAGAAAUUUAGAAAAGCAUAAUGGAUAUGAAUAUAAUGGCGAAAAGGGAUUGAAUGAUUUUCGUUUGAAAAAGAAUAAUGCCUUAAGAAGUUGUUAUAAUAAUAAUAGAAAUAAUAACAGUAAUAAUAACAGUAAUAACAACAGUAAUAACAAUAAUAGCAGUUAUAAUAACCACAGUAGUUGUAAUGGUAAUAAUGGCGUUAGUAAUAAUAAUAAUGGUAUCAGUAAUAUCGGCAUUAUUAAUAAUAGCAGUGACAAGAUCUAUAAUAUGAACAAGGUAUUUAGCAAGAAUAAUUCAAAUCCAAACAUGAACACGUCAGAGGGUGUAGGAGAACAAUGCGGCAAAAAUGUAUUUAAUAAUAAUGAAAGUAUCUUAUCAACCACUGAAAAAUGUAGUUUGAAUACCUUUGGAAAUAAAAAUAGAAGAAGAUAUGAUCAUCAAAAAAAGCAAACAUUCCAUUUUAUGAGUAAAAAUAGAGAAAGUAGCGUCUACAAUGAAAAAAAUGAUAAUGUAGAUUCUAUUAAAAAUGAUGAUAAUAAUACCUCAUCUGAAUAUUUUGAUCGAAAUAAUGAUGUUAACAGUAGUAUUAAACGUAAAAGCAAAAAUGAAGAAAGCAGUAUAAAUAAUAAUAAAAAUGUAGACAACAAAAGAAGUAACUUUAUGGGGAAAAGUAAAUCUUUCAAUAGAAAUAAUAUUUAUGAAAAAAAAGAAGUUAAACAGUUUACUUAUACCUCUAGUCAAGACAUUACACAAGAAAAGGAUUACACAAAUAUGCCUACAAAAAGUUGUUCCAAUAAUCAUUUCAAAUCAAAAGAGAGAAAAAUGGAUUCUGUUAUAUAUAUGCCAAGUAGAGAGGCAAAUUAUGAUUUUAAAAGUGCCUUAAAUGUUCAAUUUUGUAAAACGAAAAUGUGUCCAUAUAUGAAUACUAAAGAGAAAUGUAAAAGGUUUUCAAAUAAUAUGUGCCCAUAUGCACAUGAUAAAAGUGAAUUGAAGCCUAUUCCUAAUUUAUACAAAACAGCGAUGUGUCGUAAUUUUAUGAAAAAUUUAUGUUUUAAAUCGAAGAAAGAAUGCAAUUUUGCACACCAUGUUGAAGAACUUAGAUCAACUGAUGAAUUUUACAAAACGACAUUAUGUAAGUUCUUUCUCAAUGGAUAUUGUAAGGCAGAUACAAAUUGUAGGCAUGCACAUGGUCAUAAGGAAUUAAAAUAUAGAUCUGGAAAUAAUAUAUUCCAAGAUAGUGGGAAUAUUAAUAAUAACAGAGUGAAUACGAAUAUGAAUAUAAAUAUGAAUAGUGAUGAUGAUAAUUAUGAUAUCAAGGAAAUUAAUGAAGAUUCAGAAAAUUCCAAAAGUGACAUUAAUAAUAAAGAUUCACUGAAUAAUUUGAAGUCGUUGGAAAACUAUUCUCUGAAUGAAAGUAAGGGUAGUACAACAAUAAGAGAGGUGGAAGAAAGUGUUUUAAGCAUGUAUGAUAUGAAAAAAGAUAAUAAUCAGAAAAAAAGAGAAAAUUUUCUUAAUAAUUCACGUAAACUUAUGUCUAUUAGUACGAAGGAUACAUAUUGUUUUUUAUCAAACGAUUUAUCAAAAGAUGAAUUGUCUUCCCUAGGUGAGGAUGAAAAUCAAAGCCAAAAAACAAAUGAAGAUGCUAUUUUUCCUAAGAGAAGUGAAAGAGCAAAAUUGAAUAGUUCUGAUAUUUCAAAAGGUUACUUUAAAGAUGGAGGAUAUAAUUUAGAAUUGCCUAUUAUAUUAAAGGAAGAUGAUUAUCCUUGUGAUGAUAUAAAUAGUGAGAAUGUACAUAAAUCUCGAGUACUACGGGAAGAGGAGAAUAUAAUUAAUAAGGACGAAGAAGAAGCAGUUAAUAAUAUAGCAGAGAAUGAGUGUGAAAAUAUAAAAGAUGAAAAGUGUGUAAAUGAGGAAGAUGUAGAAGUAAGAGAUGCAAAAAAAGUAGAUGGAGAAGAGGAAGUUAAUCAAAUGAAACAGGUUGAUGUAAAAUCGGAAAAUGAGGACAAAUGUUUACCUCUUUCAAAAUUAAGAAAAAAUAGUAACAGAAUGUUGAGUGGAAUUGCAUCGUUUCAAAAAGUAGAUGAGAAAAUAUCGAAUAAUGAUAAAAUACAAACAGAUAAAAACGAGUUGAGUAGUAAUGUUAUUGGUAGAAAUUUUGAUGCAUCUGUUGUUCAUACUAAAUUUGAAGAGCUAAAAAUGAACAAAAAUAAUAUGAACUCUGACUUUUACGUAAAGAAUGGAAAGAAAAGUGACACUGAGGAUGACAUAAAGGGUGGCAUACCAAAUAGCGAUGAUAGUUUAAAAGGGACUCAUGAAAAAACAGCAAAUGGAAAAUUUAAUAGAAAUGUUGAUGUUAAUGUUGAUGCUAAUGUUGAUGCUAAUGUUGAUGUUAAUGUUGAUGUUAAUGUUGAUAACAAAAAUAUAAGCAAUGAAAUAGGGCAUGGAAGACAACCCAAUGUUACCAAGUUAAAUGAAAAUAAUAGAAUUAAUUAUAAUAUUGAUAUGGAUAACACUAGUACUAAUAACCAUGAAUACGAUAACAGUUAUGGUAAUAGAGAUAGUAAUACGCAGAACUAUCAAAAGAAAAAAAACUUCUCGCUGGAAUAUAACAAGAAUGGUUAUAAAAAUAGAAGAAGUUUGAAUAACAACAAUAAUAAUAGCAAUAACAGUAGCAAUAUGAAUAAUAAUAAUAAUAAUUAUAAUUACAAUUAUAAUAAUUCCACUGGUAAUGAUUUUAAUUAUUAUUACAACAAUGUAAGUAAAAAUUGUGUAAAUAAUAUAAAUACCAAUAACAGCAAUGUGAUGUAUGCCCAUGGAAGGUAUAAUAACAAUAUUUAUGAGGGUAAUUAUUGUGAUAGUAACAAUUAUGGAAGAAACGACUACGGCAGGAAUGACUGUGACAGUAACAGUUAUAACAAUAGUAGUAAUAACAGUAGGAGUUAUAAGAACAGCAUCAAUAACAACAGAAGCAAUAACAACAACAGUAAUAACAACUGCAUUAAUAACAACAGCAAUAAUAACAACAGCAAUAAUAACAACAGCAAUAAUAACAACAGCAGUAAUGACAAUAACUUUAUUAUCAAUAACAACUUGAGAAGCCUGAACAUGAGUAAUAAUUGCAUAAGCAAUAAUAACAUCGUGGAUAAUGAUACCAUUAAUUAUAACAACAACAUAGGUAGUUCUAAUACGGAUCACAUAUAUAAUUAUACCAAUAAUUUUAGGAGUUAUAAUAGUACUAUGGGGAAUGUAAAUAGAUACAUGAAUACGAAUAAUUUUCCGUAUAUAAAUGUAAAACAAAAUAAUAAUUAUGAUAUUACUAACUCAAUAGCCAAUAAUAAAAACAGCAAUACUGCUAAUAGUAAUAAUAAUUGUAGUUACAAUUCACACGACUAUUCUCCACCUACUUUAAAUAAUAUAGAAAAAGCGAGUAAAUAUUUCAGAGGUAAAAAAAGGAUUGCGCAGAACUGUAUGUCAUUCGAAACACGUAAUAGUAGCAAUUUAGACAAUCGAAAUUUUGACAGUCGCAAUUUAGAUAACAAUUUAGAAAAUAUUAUCCAAGAAAAUAACAGCAGUAAUAAUAGUAAUAACUGUAACAUGAAUGCAGAUGGUAAUCAUAUGUCUAAUGGUUUUAAUUUCAGUAAGUAUGUACAUAAUCCAGACAAUCAUAAUAAUAGGCAUAGGAAAAUAUAUAAUGACAUGUACAUCAAUAAGGGCAAUAAUAACGGUAACAGUAAUGGAAAUAAUAAUGGCUAUAAUAAUGCUAGUAACGUUAAUUAUAAUUGCAUUUAUGACUAUGAUGGUAGUCACAUUAAUACAAACAACACUUGCAUGGAGAAUAGUGGAAAUACUUACUAUAACAACAUAGAUCCUAUUCUGCAUAAUAAUAUGUACAAUAAUAUGGUACAUAAUAACGUGUAUAAUAAUUCAUACAAUAGCUACAAAGGUUUUGAUACGAAAACACUUGCUAACGGUAAUAUCAGUGGCAAUAUCAAUAGUAAUAGUUAUGAAGGUAAGCAAAGGAAGAACCUGAUAAAUAACAAUGCUUAUAACGAAACAUGUUACAAAGAUAGCCAAGAAAAUUCUACAAUUAUAAUAAACAAAACAAAAAUAACGGCAUGCAAUAAUACAAAUUUGAAUAAUGAAACUAAUUUAUCUAAUGAUAAUAUGUUAUAUAAGAACAACAAGUAUUAUUCCCCAAGAAAUUUAAAAAAUGAAAAAAUACAAAGUGGAAGAGUUCUUACAGCUGAUAAAUUAAAAAAGCAUAAUAACGAUGAAUUGAACAUCCCUUCAAAGAUAUUAGACCAUUAUUGUAAAAGUGAAAAAGAGUAUAAGGAGAGUAAUAAUAGAGAACAGAAUACAAACGAAGAGAAAGGAAGUACGUUGUACUACAUGCAUAAUAAUAAUAAUAUUAAGAAAAAUACUGUGAAUACAGGAAAUGAACAUACACACAUGUAUGAUAAUAGUUGCCAUAAUAUAUGUGAACAGAAUUGUAGUAGCAGUAAUUAUAGCACAUUCAAAACCUUAACGUCUUUUAUUAGUCCACUGAAAGGAUCAUCUACAGAAGAAAGAGCAAGGGUUAAAAAACAGUUCGUUCAAUAUGAUAAGGAGAAGAAGGAAAAUGUCAUUUUGGAAAAAACCAAAUCCCAAAAUUGCAUUUUGCAGAAUAACAUUUUAGAAAAAAGUGGUUCACAUAAUAUAAUUUCACAGAGUACGAAUUCGGAGUAUGAAGAUACGCCAUAUAUGAGCUUACAGAAUAACUGUUCACCAGAUGAUACAUCACAGAAUAAUGUGCAUGAGAGAAAUAGUAAAAGUAAAAAGUAUUCAACAAAUGAACAACUGAAAACUUGUGUUUCGUGUUAUCAAUAUAUAAAAAAAGUAGCACCUUUUGAAGUUUCAUUAAUCGAAUUAUCUUGUUUAAACUGUGGACAGCUUAUAAAAAAAUCAUUGUGUCAAAUGAUAAUAGAAUUAUUAAAACCACAAGUGCAAUAUCUAAUUUCGGAUAUUAAUUUUUAUGUGCAGUAUUACCAAGACUGA